CCACCACCACCACCGUCUCCUCCUCGUUUUUUGAUUCAUAACUAAAUUCAAAAUGGGAAUCGAUUAUUACAAUAUACUGAAAGUGAAUCGGAAUGCCAGCGAUGAAGACCUAAAGAAAGCCUACCGUCGUCUCGCCAUGAUCUGGCAUCCCGAUAAAAACGUCAGCAGCAACAAAAGUGAAGCCGAGGCCAAGUUCAAGCAGAUUUCUGAAGCCUACGACGUCCUCAGCGACCCUCAGAAGCGUCAGAUCUACGAUCUUUACGGGGAAGAGGCUCUCAAGUCUGGCCAAGUGCCUCCUCCGCCUCCUUCCUCAUCCGGACGCACUUACCACCACUACAACAACAGUCACCAGCAUCCUAAUCCUAACUUUCGGUUUAACCCUAGGGAUGCCGAGGAUAUUUAUGCUGAGUUGUUUGGAGGAUCUGAUUCCGGCGGUGGUACGGGGAGGACUGCUGGGAGGGGUUUUAAAGAUUCGAAUUUUAGGAAUGCCAGCACCGGGGAGAGUUCGUCGUCCAGAAAGGCUCCUGCUGUGGAGAAUUUGUUGUCUUGUAGUUUGGCUGAUCUUUACAAGGGCGCUAAGAAGAAGAUGAAGAUCUCUAGGACGAUUCUUGAUUCUUCCGGUAAGGUUCGGACUGUGGAGGAGAUCUUAACUAUCGAGAUAAGACCUGGUUGGAAGAAGGGUACAAAGAUUACCUUCCCUGAAAAGGGUAACCAGGAACCUGGUGUGAUAGCAGCAGACUUGAUAUUUGUAAUAGACGAGAAACCACAUGAGGUAUUCACAAGGGAAGGUAACGACUUGGUAGUGAAUCAAGAAAUAUCACUUGUGGAGGCGCUGACAGGGAAGACUGUGGAACUGACAACACUGGAUGGAAGAAACCUUGUGAUACCAGUGACGGAAAUGGUGAAGCCAGGGACGGAGAUAACAGUUCCUAAUGAAGGAAUGCCGAUAUCAAAAGAGCCUAGGAAGAAAGGGAAUGUGCGGAUCAAGUUCGAUGUGCGGUAUCCAUCAAGGCUGACUAGUGAACAGAAAUCUGAAUUGAAGAGAGUUCUGGGUGGAUCAUGAACAUUAUUAUUCUUAUAAUUUUUUGUGAAUUGGAAAGAUGGUUUUGAGUGUAGGGUUAGGUUCCCAGGGUGUGUUUAUUUUGGGUGGGAAUGCAUGAGAAAGGGAAGAGUUUAUUUGAUACUCGUAUUUAUUACUGUUACUUUACGAAUUCCAUAUCUUUAAAAUUCAAUCAAACAUAUCCAAAUAUCAGGUUUGAUA